AUGAAAGAUUUGGGACCACUCAGUUAUUUUCUUGGCCUUAAGGUCUCGUCCUACUCUGAUGGGUACUAUUUGUCUCAGAAAAAAUAUGCUUUUGAUCUAUUGACUCGUUCUGGUAUUGUUGAUUUUGCCACCUCCUCCAUACCACUGGAUCAGAACAUUCAUCUUAUCCCUUUUGAUGGUCUUUCUCUCAAUGAUUCCAUUCUAUAUCGACAGCUUAUUGGUAGUCUUAUCUAUUUAACUAUGACUCGCCUAGGUAUUGCCUGUGCAAUUCAUAUUGUCAGUCAAUUUAUGGCCGCUCCUCGCACUAUACACUUUACUAUCGUAUAUUGUAUUCCACACUAUGUUAAAGGCACUCUUGCUCAUGGACUUCAGUUCUCUUCUCAGUCAUCCCUUGUUCAAUCUGGCUACUCUGAUGCUAACUGGGCUCGUGAUCCUAUUGAUAAACGAUCCACCAUAGGUUACUGUUUUUAUCUCGGUGAUUCUUUCAUUUCCUUGCGUAGUAAGAAACAAACUGUUGUUUCGCGUUCUAGCACAGAUUCUAAAUAUAUGCACUUGCCGAUGCUACUUCAAAGUUAUUAUGGCUUUGCUAGCUCCUUAAAGAUAUGGGAAUUCUUCAACUCUCUGCUACUAUCCUUCACCGUGACAAUCGAAGCGCUAUCUAAAUUGCUCACAAUGAUGUAUUUCAUGAACGUACCAAACACAUUGAAAAUUAUUGUCAUUGUGUCCAUCAUCAUCUUCUGA